AUGAAAAAAAAAGGCCUUAAAAACACCUUAAAAAUUGCAAGGAUUAUAUCAAUAAUUUUAAUCUCUUUAUGCUCAUGGAUAUAUACAUUCUACUUAUCACUCAUUCUGUUCAUAUCUAUCUAUCUAUCUAUCUAUCUAUCUAUCUAUCUAUCUAUCUGUGUUCUCAUUCCAUUAUCUAUCUAUCUAUCUUUCUAUCUAUCUAUCUAUCUAUCUAUCUAUCUAUCUAUCAGUGUUCCCCAUAUCAAUAUCUAUCUAUCUAUCUAUCUAUCUAUCUAUCUAUAUAUAUAUAUAUAUAUAUAUAUAUAUAUAUAUGUAUCACUGUUCUUAUAUCAGUGGCUAUCUAUCUAUCUAUCUAUCUAUCUAUCUAUCUAUCUAUCUAUCUGUCUAUCUAUCUAUCUAUAUUAUGAUAUCAAUGUCUAUCUAUCUAUCUAUCUAUCUAUCUAUCUAUCACUAUCAUUAAAUCAAUGUCUAUCUAUCAAUCUAUCUAUCACUGUUCUGAUUUCAAUGUGUAUCUAUUACGCUCAAACACACUCUAUCUUAGACUUAUUCUAUCUAAUCUAUUUAAACUUAAACUAUCUAAACUUUUUAUAUCUAUCUAUCUAUCUAUCUAUCUAUCUAUCUAUCUAUCUGAGUCUGUUCAUAUCUAUCUAUCUAUCGAUCUAUCUAUCAAUCUAUCUGAGUCUGUUCAUAUCUAUCUAUCUAUCUAUCUAUCUAUCUGAGUCUGUUCAUAUCUAA